ACUGCAAAAACCAGGGUGUUAAAUAUUCAACACCAGCAUGGAAUAGAAAAAUAUCAACACCCUUGGUGUUCAUUUCAUGUCCGAUUGGCGAAAAAUAACACCAACGGUGUGAAAAUAUUCAAUUACAGGCUGAUGGUGUCAUAUUUGGUGUUAUAAAAUCGCACAUGCGCAUAAGCUAGAGAAUUCGACGAAAAUCAUUGGACGAAAGUUGUCAUAUGAUCCGAUAUGCGCCUCUGCAGCUGCGCGCGCACAGCUAGACGAGAGCAUGUGGCUAGAGAAUUUCACUGGCACUGACUUGAAGUCUUGAUUCUGGAGUAGUAAUUCUUCAAAUUAGGCCUAGAUUCUAGAUGUGAAGUGAUCGAAGUGCAUGCAACCAUGCCAUUAAGCGUCAGGGUCUGUUCAGCGGAUCGAAGUAUUAGAAAAUACCUGCCUAUAGAUCCAGAAGACACAGUAGGAUUCUUUGAACUCAUCAGAAGAAAAUUCCACAUAAGGGAUGGGGAAGAUCUCGUACUUGUGGAUGAACAAGAAGGGUUUGGUAUAGACGAUGACGUACUAGGAGAUGUGGUGACCAGCAAUCCCACAGUCAGCCUCAUGGUGCUAAAAGAAGAUGAAGAAUGGUCUGGUUCAGAUGUACAUAGCAUCACAAGUGCAGACACUAUCAAGGUGGAUACCAGCUCCUCUUCCCUGAGUAGCUCAGAAUCUGAUUCAAGUUUUUGCUCCAGUAGAAAGAGGCCACGAUUAAAUGCCCUCAGUGAAUCAGGUGCAAUCACUGACAACUCUUGUGAGUUUGUACAAGAAAUUUUGCGGCACAGAGGUGAUGCCAUUCUCCGAGAGUAUGAAUUGACUGGAGCACUUCAAGAUAAAACUAGACGGCAGAUGAUUAACCUUUUGGUAGCCCACAUGCAAGAACACUAUGGCAAACAUCCAAAAGCAGCUAUGAAAACCAAAUAUGCCAUGGGGAUAGUGAAUCUGUUUCCAAGACUCAAGGAUCCGUUUACUAGCACAGGUCAUGAAGCUUAUUUUGAUGCAAGAAGUAACACGGGAUUCCUGGCUGCUAGAAUAAAAAAUGUUAACCGCACAACAGAGGAGAAGACAUCCAACCCAUUACCCAAGCCAUCAAGCAGAGAUGGUGGUCCUGGGAAGGUCCGAGAAGGUGACCAAGAAUCUGCUCCAGGCUGCACCUAUGAUGAAGACCUCAACUGGUUACGACACUGUCCAACAUUAGAACGUGAUUCUACCCUGGUUGUUGAAAAGAUGAAAUCCACUUUUCCUGUUAGACAGCAUAUGGUCAGGGACGGACGCUCCGCAUCGGAUAUUUUGGAACAGUUUCCUUUUGAAACUGUUCCAGGUUUGAUUGAGGUAGAUUUUCGGAAACUUUUUCCUGAAAAUCACUCGCGUUUCCUGACCAAAUGGCCCGAGUUGAAGCCCAAGGUUGUUACACUUGCAAGACAACUUCUGAAGCAGAAAGGAAACUUGACAGUGAUGGAGCUUCUGUCAUCUUAUGACAGUUCUGAUCAAAAUAAAGAAGGAUGGAAUUCCAGCACAUCUGCUAUCCUCCUCCUCUUGUGCCUAUUGCCUCCUGCAAGCCAAGGGAAGUCCAAAGCUGCGUCAGCAAAAGUGUCCAUUUCUUCAGCUCUCUCGAGGGUUAUUCAAUUUCAGAAGACAGGAGGGAGUAUUCAAGCAUUCCUCGACAACACAAAAGAGACCAAGAGUCAACCGUUCCUUCUGGCAAUUGGCAAUUCCAAGGCCCGAAUCACCAACUACAUGAUCAUUGUGGAUCACAAGGCCAUUCCAUGUUCGGCACGCACGGUCGAAGCAGCAGUAGAUUUACUCUUCAAGACCCACUUUGUCUUUGGCCUGCAGUACUGCUUGUCUCUGCGGCAGUUCUGGACUUUUGUCCAGACUGCCAUUUUUGAAAUCGAUAUCGGAGUGUCCCGGGAAACACCAAGAGUACGUGAAAUUAGAUCGAAAUUGUUAGCACCAUGAUUUGCUUCAAAUGCCACAAACAGUUUGCAAUACCCAAAUUGGUUCAACAUUUGAGAUUGAAACAUGGAGUUAUUGAAGAUGGUAAAGAAGUAUUGACCUGUGGGCAGGGAGCUUGUGCGAGAACAUUUCAUACUUUUCGAGGAUUUCGGGGACAUUUGCAGACUCACCUUAAAACCGAUUUUCCAGAUAAUAAAGAGCAGUCUAAUGAAAAUGAUAAAGUGAGUGACUUUCCUGAAGAAAGUCUUGAAAGUCUUCAAGAAUACAAUAUUAAUAAUGAUGAGAUUGUUGAAGAUCAGGAUGUAUAUGAAGAUGACAUUUUAUCUGUAGAUACCUUGAACAGGCAGUGUGUAAAUGUAAUUUCAAAAUUUUCAGCAAAUAGUGCAAACUCUGGAAAAGUUGUAAAUGAUGUAGUAGAAACAACCAGUGCGAUUGUAGGUGAUGUAGUAAAAAGUGCAUCGGCAGCCGUUACAGCUGCUUUCUUAAAACAUAAGCUGCCUAUAGAAUCCGAGGCUUAUAAGGAGAUUCAAACACAUUUUGCUAUGCUUGAAAAGCCCUUUGAAAAUUUGAAUUCAGAAUAUAAGCGGACAAAGUAUUGUGAAUCAAUUGGACUUGUUGAACCACAAGAAAUCAAGUUAGGCAUCCGAUAUGAUAGUCGUCUCAAUAAAAGAACUAAGCAGUAUGAACAGAUUGCUAUUGAAGAUACAUUUGUUUACGUUCCCAUUUUAGAUUCUUUGAAGCAGCUUUUAAGCAAUAAAGAUAUAUUGCAUUUUGCUACUCAUGACCAUAAGAGCACAGAUGGUGUAAUGAGAGAUUAUUGUGAUGGUUCACAAUUUGAGAAAACCCCUCUUUUCCAUGAAGAUGAGAAUGCCCUCCAAAUUCACUGUUUUUAUGAUGAUUUCGAGACUGUGAACCCCAUUGGUUCAAAAACAAAAAUUCACAAGAUAGGUGCUUUAUAUUUCAUUUUGAAAAAUCUGCCACCAAAGUAUAAUUCCAAUCUUUCCAAUAUCAAUCUUAUAGCUCUAUGGUAUGCUGAAGAUGCCAAGAAAUAUGGAUUUAAUGCUAUUCUCAAGCACAUUGUAAAAGACAUUAAUAUCCUGUCAACAGUUGGCAUUGCUCUCCCUAAUGGAAUUGUGAAGAAGGGGACCAUUACUCAAAUAAGUGCUGAUAAUCUUGGUGCUAAUUCCCUACUGGGAUUUGUAGAGAGCUUUUCUGCUCAUUAUUACUGUCGAUUAUGUGUUACAAGUAAGGAAGAGGCACAGAACAAAUUCAAAGAGGUUUCAAUGGAUAUGCGCACCAGGCAGACUUAUGAGCAACAUUUAGAAGAAGCUGAAGCUCAAACUACCCAGUCACAUGUGUUUGGAGUGAAACAAAAGACUGUAUUGAAUGAUUGUAUUUACUUUCAUGUCUUGGCAAACUUUUCACUAGAUAUAAUGCAUGAUCUUUUGGAAGGCAUAGUUCAGUAUGAGCUGAAACUUGUUCUAGAGUAUUUCAUAUAUGAAAGGCAACCGCCCCUCUUGUCCCAAGAUGAACUGAAUCAGAGAGUCGCCAGCCAUUGCUUAAACCGUACAGAUAACAAGAACAAACCAUCCUUUAUUAAACUUAGGUCAGCUAGGAAUGAUGUUGGACAGAAGGCUAUGCAAGCAUGGUGCUUGAUUCGAAAUCUGCCAUUCAUAAUUGCUCAAGACAUUGAAGAAGGAAAUGUCUACUGGGAAUUGCUACUUAGAUUACUAGAUUGUAUGGACAUUAUUUUUGCUCCUCAAUUGACAGCAGGCUUGAUAGCCCAAUUGUCUAUUCUUACUGAAGAACAUCACACACAUUUCCAGAAAACCUUUCCUGACAGAAGGUUGUUGCCAAAACACCACUUUAUGGUGCAUUAUCCAACGUGUUUGAGAGAAGUUGGGCCACUCAUACAUGUAUGGUGUAUGAGGUACGAAGCGAAACAUCACUAUUUUGGCCGUGUUGCAGAAUCUGUGCGUAAUUACAAAAACAUUUGUAAAUCACUUGCCAAAAAACAUCAGACAGCACUAACGUUCCAUCUUCAGUCAAACCAUCCUUUGGAAUAUCUGGAGGUUGGGCCAGGUAGUUCACUACUUUUGUCAGAUUUAGAUGAAAAUAUUGGACAGAUUGUGCAAGAGCAAAUCCAAGUAGAGGAUCUUUCUACUGAAUUAUUUGAUGCCAACUGGGUUAAAGUACAUGGAACACAUUAUCAGUUGUCACUUCUGGUCUGCCAUGAUGUUAGCGAGCUUCCUCUGUUUGGUCAAAUAGAGCAUAUCAUUGUACACAAUAGCACUGUAUUUUUUGUACUUGUCCAAUUAGAUACAGUGUAUUACAAUUCACACUAUCAUGCCUAUGCAGUAGAAUUUAGUUUUCCACGUUGUCAUGUAGUGAAGAAUCAAAAGGAACUUGUUGACUACAAACCACUAGAUUUGAUGACAACUUUGUCGAAGACAGACUCGAGGAAGUAUGUAGCACCAAGGCAUGUACUUUUUAAGUAAUUUAAAGCUUUCAAGCUAAUGUCUGGUUUUGCUUAGUGGUAUCAAUUGGUUUUAAAAAUAAUUUUGAUCAAUAAUAUUUUGGACUCUUAAUUGUUAACAUCUUUAAAUUGGUUAAUUCGAAACCAAAUUGAAGUCAAAUAGCUGUUGUAUAUUUUCUUUUUUUUUCUUACAAGAAAAACAAUUCUAUGAUGUUUGUGCAUGAAAGCCAGUGAACUAGAAGUGCAUGGACUGAUUUUUGUUGUUGUUGUUUAUAUCCUGUUGGAAAAACGAGCAGCGAAUUAGUUGAUAUAGAAAUGCAUAAUUUUACUUUUUGAUUUUUUCUCCCAGGAGUAAAA